AUGUCGUUCCAAAAUCAGUACGCUUUGGCUACCGCUCGGAACCAAAUUAAUCCUCAGCAGCUCACAAACAACGUUUUCUUUGGGCCACUCAACACGCUGUCGCAGCUCGAGUUCAUCUCCCUGCAUAACAUUCGAUUCUUUAUCAGUGUCGGCAUCUCUACGAAGAGGGCCGCUCAGUACUUCCGCAGUAUCUCAGUCGAUGAGUUCGUUAUGGUGACAUUCGACGAAACCCUUGACAGCAAUGUAGCUGCCAACAGCGACGACAUAUUGAGCUACGAGGCCGAAAAUUCGCUUUUGCUCAAGCAGCUGAUCGCAAAGGUACAAGCCGAAACGCCCGAGCCCGUCACCGGGAGAUGUCUCACUCCACAGCCUGAUGUAAACCAGUUGCUCUACCAAAAUGUCAACACAUAUACUUCAAACGUCGUCAGCGCGCGUGGGGUUCAAAAAUACGAGAGCUUCAAUGAUAUGCUAACUCUAUUCCGGCUUUCGCACUCCGGCAACGUUCUUGUGUUUUCUGACAAUGGUAACGACGAGGAAUUGGUGACCAUGCUAAUAUCACACAUUCUGAAGGAAAACACCUCGGUAUCACUCAUGGAGGCUUUUCAAUACGUCAAGUCCAUACGCCCCACGGUUUCUGAGCUCAAACAAGAACAGAUCUUUUGGUGCAAUGGGUUAAUUGACUACAGCGAACGCGUCAAGGCUAGGGAAAUGUUUUGGGGGCCAGGCACACAAGCUGGUUUUGCCCCAUGGGUUGGUUCUCUAUCCACCAAGAGGCGGAAUUGUUCAUCUCUUGAGGAUGAAGAAGAACAUUUCCGCAGUCGUUCCGGUUCCCCUCUUUCCAUGGAUCGUGCAAUUGCUAGUCCGAAAACGCGGAAAAUUGCUAUGCAACAUGGCACGAGGUAG